AUGAUACCCUACACUUGGCACAAAGCCAUGCUGCCAAGCAAUUCGUCGUGUUUUAGUACGAUGUCUGGUGAAGCCGUAUGGGGCAUGGCUCUGAACAGCUGCCUUGUGAAGAAGGGUGCUCCACUGGCCGCCCGCA